UGAGAAGAGAAGCGAUAUCGCCAUUUUGUUCGACUUUUCUGGACUCGUGUGUGAAGCCGGUUUAGAUAGUGGUUUUGUUUUAAUUAAAGGUUCCAAUUUUAUAUAACGUAUUUUUAGAGAAUGUCGGCUGCACAAAUUUUCAAUAGAAUCGGCCAAUUGGGCUUGGGUAUUGCUUUGGCUGGAGGUGUUGUCAAUUCUGCCCUCUACAAUGUUGAUGGUGGCCACAGGGCUGUGAUCUUCGACAGAUUCACUGGAGUCAAAGGUCAGGUCUCAGGAGAAGGCACACAUUUCUUUGUUCCAUGGGUCCAGAGGCCAAUCAUCUUUGAUGUCAGAUCUCGCCCCAGGAAUGUCCCAGUGAUCACUGGCAGUAAAGAUUUGCAAAACGUUAAUAUUACACUUCGUAUCCUGUUCAGACCUAUGCCUGAUGAGUUGCCAAAGAUCUACACAAUUUUGGGUCAAGAUUAUGAGGAAAGGGUGUUGCCUUCCAUCACCACUGAAGUCUUGAAGGCUGUUGUUGCUCAAUUUGACGCCGGUGAAUUAAUCACGCAGCGUGACUUGGUUUCUCAGAGAGUCAGCAACGAUUUGACUGAGAGGGCGGCCCAAUUCGGCGUUAUUCUUGAUGACAUCUCGAUCACCCAUUUGACUUUCGGUAGGGAAUUCACCCAGGCUGUAGAAUUGAAGCAAGUCGCUCAACAGGACGCCGAGAAGGCCAGGUUCUUGGUAGAGAAGGCCGAGCAAACGAAGAAAGCCACCAUUGUGUCUGCUGAGGGUGACGCUCAAGCCGCUAUCAUGUUGGCCAAGGCUUUCGGAGAUGCUGGUGAAGGUUUGGUAGAGUUGAGGCGUAUCGAAGCGGCCGAAGACAUCGCCUACCAACUAUCCAGAUCCAGGCAGGUGGCUUAUCUUCCAACUGGCCAAAAUUUGCUUCUCAACGUGCCGACAACGCCGAUGGCCUAAGCGAACUCUGAACAAUUAAAUAGUGCAGUGCAUUUAUGAUUUCAAAGAUUAGUAGCUCUUAAUUUUUACAAAUUACUCAAAUAUGGCAGGAGCCACAAGGAGAAGAAGUCGAUUUGUUUUACAUUGGCUUUGUGUGGAUCAUAUGAUAUUGUAUAUUAUUAUCGGAACAUAUGAUGGCAUGGAAUUGUUUUACUUCAUCCUGUCUGCCAAAUACUUUGGGAGUUUUGUUUAUUUACGAAUUCACGAAAUUUACUACAUCGUAAGAUCUAAUAUUCCUAAUGUAUAUGAUACAUUUGUAUGUAAAAGAGAAAAAAAAAGCAUCAAAAAACACAUGGAACUGUUAUUGUUAAUAAAAUUAC